AUGGUCCGCUUCUCUGUCCUCUUCGCCGCACUCGCGACACUCGCCUCGCGCGUCGUCGUCGCCACCCCCAUCGCCGAGCGCCAGACAGGCUGCACGCUUACCUGGAACGGCUCCACCAUCACGGGUUACGCCGAUGGCUCGGAGGGCGUGUGUCGCUACACUGUGCGCUAUGGUACGGCGAACCGCUGGACCGACUCGGUCGCGACGACGUCCCUCGGCACCACCAACGCCCUCCCCCCCUCGUGCCCCCAGAUCUCGGCGAGCGCCGGCAACCCCCUCUCGGCGGCCACCCAGUCCGAAGACUGUCUCUACAUCACGCUCUACGUGCCCGCCGACGCGACCGCCACGUCGCACCAGCCCGUGCUGGCCUGGCUCCACGGCGGCGCUUACACCUUUGGCUCGGACUCCGCUGCUGGCUUUGACGGCGCUGGGCUGGCCGCUAACGGCGGUAUCAUUGUCGCUGCGAUCCAGUACCGCCUCGGUGUCCUCGGCAACAUCCCGCCCACCGUCGCGCCCUCGGGCACCGACCCCAACUUCGCGCUCCGCGAUGUCCUGCUCGCCAUCAACACGCUCCGCGCGCGCCACAACGACUUCUACGGCGACAACUCGCUCAUCACCCUCGGCGGGCAGGACUCUGGCGCGUCCAUCAUCCGCGCGCUCUGGGGCGUGUCGGGUGCCGUCGGCAAGUUCUCGAGCAUGAUCCUCCAGUCGGACCCGCUGUCGUACGGCUUCGCCUCCACCGCCACGACCAACUCGCUCGCGACGCUGCUUGCCUCGCAGCCCGCGCUCUCGGGAAGCACGCUCACCACGUUCGCCAACUGGCAGGCGCUCCCCGUCAGCACCCUCAUCGCGGCGCAGAACACGCUCGUCAACACCGCGUCCGCCACCAUCGCCGGCCUCCCCAUCACCGGCGCCAUCCGCCCCACGUGGGGCGGCACCACCCUCCCCCAGGACCCUACCCGCCUCCUCAUCUCCAACCCUUCGUCGCUUGCCAUCUCGCCCGCUUCCGUCCCCCUGCUUAUCACCAACACCAAGAACGAGGCCGGCAGCGCCAUCCAGUACCUCUGGUCCACCCCCAUCACGCUCAACGCGACCCGCUACUCGAAUGUUCUCGGCGCGCUCCUCGGCUCGACUCGCGCCACGACCCUCCUCGCCUCGGGCUCGCCCUACGCCCUCCCCACCACCGACUCCACCGGCGACAUCAUGCGCCAGACCCUCGAGCGCACCAUCGCUGACGGCGCCUGGCGCUGCCCCGCCCGUACCCUCGCCAACGCCUACGCUGCUGCCGGCGGCACCGUCUACGUCGGAGAGUGGACCAAGGGUGUGACUUACCCCACCAACGCUGUCGGCUCUGGCGCCUACUGCACUGGCGGCGCCGUGUGCCACUCGGACGACAUCUACCCCCUCUUCCAGUCCGCCCCGAGCCCCAGCGGCACCACCCUCCUCCUCGAAGAGGAGGUCAGCAACGUCUGGACCAACUUUGUCAACGUCCUCCCCGUCGGCAGCUGGUCGACCUUCACUGGCACCACUGGCGUCACUGGCACCAACGUCCACGCCAUUGGCAACGGCACCAUUGGCGCCUGCCCUUCGUCCUACUGGGGCAGCACUGUCCAGUGGGACUGGCAGAUCUACACCAGCUAG